UUAGACGGAUUUGUUAUCAUAAAUUCAACGCUGCAGCAUCCAGCAUGAAGCUUGUAACCAUCGUCACUACCUUAGCUUUGGCGGCAGCAAUUCCUCAGCGAGGCUACGUCAUUCCUGACUCCGCCUCGCGCCUUGCACCUGCUUCUGUGUCUGGUAGGGUGACAGCUGUCGGGGGAAAUGCACCUCCAGUGGGUGUCUUGAGAGAUCACCGCCUGCAGGACGAUCGAGGUCGAUACAGCGUCGAGUUUGAAGCCGAAAACGGCGUUGCUUUCGCCCAAGCUGGAUCUCCUGAAGGCGUCAAUGGAGCUGUCAUGAAGGUCGGACGAUAUUCAUACACCGCUCCCGACGGCACUUUAGUCGAAGUCAAGUACGUUGCUGACGAGAACGGCUUCCAGCCCCAGUCCGACCUCCUGCCGGUGGCUCCCGAAUUCCUCCACCCAAUCCCCCAGUUCGUCCUGGACCAGAUCGCCUUCGCAGCUCAAGAGGAUGCUGUUCGAGCUCGGGAGGAGGCUGCUAGCUUCCGGUCCUCAGAGAGACAUAAUAAUCCGCCAAUCUUCGAUUUCAGGGGCUCAGCGUCGUCUCCCGUCCUAUCUCGCUCAUAUGGUCUGCCGUAGAUAUUGCGUUUGUUUUCUCUCUACCUGACGAUUCGUGGA